AUGUGGAAGGUGCACAAGAGCUUACAUGGGCAAAGCCUGGUCACCGCUGUCAAUUGUGCAGCUGGUCUUUCCAUUUUCUUCUUUGGCUACGACCAAGGUGUUAUGAGCGGUGUCAACAUUUCUCCAAACUAUAAACAGCUGAUGGGUCUCGAGAACAAUGAAGCCUUGCUUGGUGGUGUUGUCGCUGUAUACUACGCUGGUACUCUUAUUGGCGCUUUGUUGGGUGGUUGGAUUGGUGACAAGAUUGGACGAAUUCGAACUAUCUUGGUUGGAUGUGCUUUUGCCAUUUUUGGUGCUACUUUGCAGACCGCUGCUCAAAAUGUUGCAUGGAUGAUUUGCUCUCGUAUCAUUACCGGUAUUGGUACAGGCCAUUUGAAUGCUAUUGUACCUGUAUGGUCAGCUGAAACAAGCCAUUACUCAAGCCGUGGUAUGUUUAUUGCUAUGGAAUUUACCCUCAACAUCUUUGGUGUCGUGAUUGCAUAUUGGAUCGCAUAUGGUUUGCAUGAUGAUCCUGGUGCUUUCCGCUGGCGAUUCCCUAUCGGCUUCCAAUUGAUUCCUCUUAUUGUUCUUGCUGUCGGCAUCAAUCUCUUCCCCGAAUCACCUCGUUGGCUGUUGAGCAAGAAUAGGGAUGAUGAAGCAAUCGAAAUCCUUGCUUCUCUUCGUGGUGAUGGUGAUCCCAACCAUCCUGACGUCGUACAAGAGGUCAAGGAAAUUAGGGAAGCUCUACGCCUUGAAGAUAGCGAAGGUGGUGCACCCACAUACUGGAACAUGCUUUUCCGAUAUGACGAGCAAAACAUCCCUCGCCGUGUGCAUCUCUCAAUUUGGUUACAAAUCAUCCAAGAGCUUUGUGGUAUUGGUGUGAUUACUGUUUAUGCACCCGAAAGUUUCGCCAGCUCAGGAUUUUCCGAAACGACAUCACAAUUGUUGUCAGGUCUCAACAAUGUUUCUUAUAUGAUUUGUACCAUUCUUCCAGUGUUCACUGUGGAUAGAUGGGGCCGUCGUUUCACCUUGUUUUAUGGUGCUGUCGCUCAAGGCAUUUGUUUGAUCCUCGUCGCUGUUUUGACCAAGCCCGAAUUCCUUGCUGCAAACCCAACAGGUUUUGGUGCUGCAAGUGCUGUGUUUAUUUUCUUGUAUACAGGAUUCUUUGGUGCAACUUGGUUGGCUGUGCCAUGGUUGUAUCCAGUCGAGAUCUAUCCUUUGCGUGUGCGUGCCAAAGGUGGUGCAUGGAGUGUUGUUGGCUGGUCAAUCGGCAACGCUCUUGUCAUGGAAAUCACACCACCCCUUUUGAAUUCCAUUGGAUGGUGUACCUUUUUCUUGUUUGGCGCACUCAACUUUGCAGCCAUCCCCGUUGUGUGGGCUCUUUACCCUGAAACAGCUGGAAAAUCACUUGAAGAGCUCGAUGUCAUCUUCUCUACAAAGUCGUUAUUCGUUUGGAGUGCUGAAAAGGAAUUGCGUGCCAAGGGCAUUGAUCCCGAUAAACCCCUCGCUCAUACUGCUGCCGAUGAAGUGCCUGAUGUGGACGAGAAGAAGCAACAGGUUGCUUAA